AUGGCGGCUCUCCUCGAGACGCGCCCUCCGACCGAGGGUGAACUCGAUGCCUUCCUCUCCCGUCAUGAGGAGCUCCUCGCUUCUGAACGCGAAGAGGAGGAGGAACAGACCCGCCUGAUCAACAGUAACUGCUCUCCGAAGCUACUAGAGUCCAAGGGUCUGGCACUCGGAAGUUUGGGGGUAGCGAGCAUCUCCGUCGGCUUGGGAGGAAAGACGCUCGUCGAGCUGUGCCGCCCCAUUGCGUACAAUGUCGACACGGAGCUGCCGCCACAUACGUUCCGCAACGGUGACCCGGCGCGCAUCGAGGAGCUCGUCCCGGAGAAGAAGGGGAAGAAGAAGGACGAGGGGGCUGGAGUCGACGGCGUCGUGUACCGUGUGGGGCGGGACAAGAUCGUAGUUGCUGCGAGCGAGGGCGACGUCGAGCUCCCAGAACGUCUGCGGUUAGUCAAGCUGGCGAACUCGGCCACGUAUGACCGUAUGCGCCGCACGCUCGAGCACCUCCGCCGCCUAGUCCUACCCGGAGACGCGACGCCAAACGCCACCAAUUGGCCGAUGAUCAAUGCGUUGCUAGGGGUAUCGCCACCGACAUGGUCACGCAUCCCACUGCCCCUUGACGGCGGGGAGAUGCGCUGGUUCAGCUCCCGACUUAACGACAGCCAGAAGGAGGCGAUCGAUUUCUGCUUGCGCGCCGACACACUUGCGUGUAUCCACGGCCCGCCUGGCACGGGCAAGACACACACGUUGAUUGAGGUUAUUUUCCAGCUCCUCGCGCGCCCCGCCGGCCCCGAGACAAAUCAGCCGCCACGCAUCCUCGUCACGACGCCCAGUAACCUCGCCCUCGACAAUUUGCUGCUACGCCUGCACACACUCGCCCAGACACCCGAGUAUGCUGGUCUACUGCCGCCCGGGUCCAUUCUGCGGUUGGGACACCCGACGCGCGUGCAUCGCGACCUGGUGCGGGAGACACUCGAUUGGCGCGCGGCCAACGGGGACGAUGGCGCGCUCGUCCGUGAUGUCGGAAGGGAAAUUGAGGGCCACCUCUCUGAUCUGGGAAAGAAGCGAGGCGACAAGGGCGCCGUCAAGGGCCGCGAGCGGGGUAAGAAAUGGCAGGACGUGCGCGAGCUGCGUAAGGAGUACCGCCAGCGCGAGGCCAGAGUCGUCACGAACACGGUUCGAGCGGCACGUGUCGUGCUCGCCACGUGCCACACUGCUGGCGCACGGCAGCUCAACAACAUGCAGUUUGACGUGGCUAUCGUGGACGAAGCGACGCAGGCGGUCGAGGCCGUGUGCUGGGUCCCGAUACUCAAGGCUAAGAAACUCAUUCUUGCGGGUGACCCACAGCAGCUCCCCCCGACGAUCUUGAGCAAGGACAAGAAGGGGAAGCGCAAUGAGAAAGGGAAGGAGAAGGGGAAGGAGCAGGAGAAGACGAAGGGAAGGGGAAAGGGUGACACGAAUGCCUCGAAGGUAGGCACAAAGGAGGCCGAGGUGGCCAGUGAGGCCAAGGACGAGGAUGGGCCAGAAAGUGACAAUGGCAGCUUGGGGGACGGAGAUGAGCCUGUGGCCGAGACCAGCAAGAAGCUCGCUGCGACCACUGUCGACGCCAAAUCGCUCCGCCCACCACGCACGCUCGAGACGACGCUCUUCGACCGCCUCGAGCGCUUGUAUGGGCCAGGUAUCAAGCGCGUGCUGAAGGUGCAGUACCGGAUGAACGAGCGCAUCGCAGCCUUCCCCAGCGCAGAGCUGUACGGCGGCGAGCUUGUCUCCGACCCCUCCGUCGCGCAUCGCACGCUACUCGACCUCCCCACCGCAGCCACCUCGGAAGACGCACGCGACGUCCUGGAACACCCAGUCGUGUUCUUCGACACUGAUGGGUGCGAGUUCUACGAGCGUGCCGAAGCGGACGGGAUCAAGUCCCUUGGGGAGGGGAGUAAGGCGAACGAGAACGAGGCAGCUAUCGUGGCCAGCUGGGCCCGGCGGCUGGUAUCGCACGGCGUCCCACCAGCCGAGGUGGGAAUAGUCGUACCAUACCAGGCUCAGGUAGCCUUGCUGGCGAGCAUGCUCCGCGACGAGUUCCCCGAGAUGACGAUUGGGACAGUUGACGGGCUGCAGGGACAGGAGCGCGACGCGGUCAUAUUGAGUCUGGUGCGGUCUAAUGCGACUGGCGAGGUGGGAUUCUUGGGCGAGUAUCGGCGGUUGAACGUCGCCAUGACGCGGCCUCGUAUGCAGCUGUGCGUGGUUGGCGACUCGAAUACCGUCGCCAAGGGCAGCGCAUAUCUCAAGAAGUGGAUGGCGUGGCUCGAAGAGAACGCUGACGUGCGGUAUGCCGGGGACGAGGUGUAG